AUGGGUUUGGCAUCAGAUAGUCUCUAUUUUGCUCUUCAUCCGAAUCAGUUAAGGACUAUAUUUCAAUGUCCUAUACACAAAAGAAACAAAAAGCACGAGUCUGCAACAACCAAGGUCUGCUUCGAGUUCCUAGAUAAGACCGGUCGCAGCUUUAGCUCAGUCGUCAAGGAGCUACACCCUGAGCUACUAUUGCCCGUGUGUGUGUUCUACCUAAUACUGCGUGGUCUUGAUACCAUUGAGGAUGAUACCUCGAUCCCCCUCGAGACAAAAGAGCCGCUCCUUCGAGACUUCAAAGAUUACCUGGAGCAGGAUGGCUGGAAUUUUACCGGUAAUCGCCCGGAAGAAAAGGACCGCCAACUAUUGGUGCAGUUCGACAACGUCGUUACCGAGUUCAGGAAUAUGAAGCCAGUCUACCAAGCAAUCAUCAUGGACAUUACCGACAAAAUGGGAAAUGGGAUGGCCGAUUUCGCGCGAAAGGCGGCUUUCGGGGAUACCAGCGUUAAUACCGUCGAAGAGUACGACCUCUAUUGCUGGCAUGUAGCUGGUAUAGUCGGCGAGGGUGUGACCCGCCUCUUUAUCGAGGCUGGACUGGGCGAGGCAAACUUGAUCAACCAUCGUCACCUGUAUAAAUCGAUGGGUCUCUUGUUGCAGAAGAACAACAUUAUUCGCGACAUUCGCGAAGAUUAUGAUGACGGUCGCCGUUUCUGGCCCAAAGAGAUUUGGUCCAAGCACGUCGAUAACUUUGACGACUUAUUCAAACCCGAGAAUCUCGAGCUUGCCCUUAACUGCAGCUCUGAAAUGGUCCUGAAUGCUCUAGGGCAUGCGAUCGAUUGCUUGUCGUAUCUUGUUGGCUUACGCGAGCAGAGCGUGUUCAACUUUUGUGCUAUUCCCCAAUCCAUGGCCUUAGCCACGCUGGAGUUGUGUUUCCGCAAUCCGGCCGUCUUCGAACGAAAUAUCAAAAUUACCAAGGGAGAUGCGUUCCAACUCAUGGUCGAGUCUAGCCAAGAUCUUGAGGGCGUGUGUGAGGUCUUUUGUCGUUAUGUCCACCGAAUCCAACAAAAGAAUAGCCUCCAGGACCCUAAUUUCUUAAAGAUUGACAUGGCAUGCGAACAAAUUGAGAAAUUUGCUGAAGCUCUGGCACCACAAAGCGUCGAACUUGCCAAUAGCAAGACUAGGAGGAAGGAUUUGGUCGCCGUUAAGGGGCGAGGCCAGCGUCAAGCCGGCUUCAAUGACGAGAUUUGGUCUACUACUGGAGGAGUGUUUGGUAUUUUAGUAGUCAUCUCAAUAUUAGUACUAGGGGCCUCCUGGCUCAUGGAAGCCCGCUUUAAUCAUGCCUGA